UCCAGUAGGGGGCAAUAAGAUGCUCCGCAAAAGAAGAUCAUCAUCGUAAAGUCGCCGCUAGUGUGGCAGCUAGCUGGCUUUGUUCUUUGAUUAUGGCAAAACAUCACCCAGAUUUGAUUUUUUGCAGGAAACAGGCUGGGGUUGCCAUUGGAAGAUUGUGUGAAAAAUGUGAUGGCAAAUGCGUUAUCUGUGACUCCUAUGUCAGACCUUGCACACUUGUUCGUAUUUGUGAUGAAUGCAACUAUGGGUCUUACCAAGGGCGCUGUGUCAUCUGUGGAGGACCUGGAGUAUCUGAUGCUUACUACUGCAAAGAGUGCACCAUCCAGGAGAAAGAUAGGGAUGGUUGCCCCAAGAUUGUGAACCUCGGCAGCUCGAAGACUGACCUUUUCUAUGAGAGAAAGAAAUAUGGUUUCAAGAAGAGGUGAAGAUACCAAGGCGUUUAGUUGGAUGUUGCGGUAGUUUUUCCAUGCAAGAGUUUUUGUUAUCAGACUUGUUGAUACAAUAAAACCUUUUUUUAAUUUA